GUUGACUAAAAAAAAAGCCCCUGGCUUUGGGAGGCUAUUUCCCUCGCGAAUCGCGAUCUCCCCCUUCCUCACUCCCUCCUCCGCCGCGGAAUUCACCUCCCCUCAAUGGCGAUGGAGGCGCAGGCGCAGUGGGUGCUGACGGCCACGGGGCGGUCGCCGACCAAUAUCGCGGUGAUCAAGUACUGGGGGAAGCGGGACGAGGCGCUCAUCCUCCCCGUCAACGACAGCAUCAGCGUCACCCUCGACCCCGACCACCUCUCCGCCACCACCACCGUCGCCGCCAGCCCCGCCUUCCCCUCCGACCGCAUGUGGCUCAACGGCAAGGAGAUUGCGUUGUCGGGCGGGAGGUUUCAGAACUGCCUGAGGGAGAUCCGGAAGCGGGCUCGUGACGUCGAGGACGAGAAAAAGGGGAUCAAGAUCAAGAAAGAGGACUGGGAGAAGUUGCACGUCCACAUAGCGUCGUACAACAACUUCCCGACCGCCGCCGGUUUAGCCUCUUCAGCUGCUGGCUUUGCUUGUCUUGUUUUCACCCUUGGAAAGCUAAUGAAUGUGAAUGAAGAUUAUGGAGAACUUUCUUCAAUAGCAAGGCAGGGGUCUGGAAGUGCAUGCCGCAGUAUAUAUGGUGGAUUUGUGAAAUGGUGUAUGGGGAAAAAUAAUGAUGGAAGUGACAGUAUGGCAGUACAGCUUGUUGACGAGUCGCAUUGGGAUGAUCUUGUUAUAAUCAUAGCAGUGGUCAGUUCAAAGCAGAAGGAAACCAGUAGCACCAGUGGGAUGCGGGACACUGUUGAAACAAGCCCCCUCUUGCAGUACAGGGCCCAGACUGUAGUGCCAGGUCGCAUAUUGAAAAUGGAAGAGGCCAUCAAGAAACAUGAUUUUGAAUCCUUUGCCAGGUUAACUUGUGCAGAUAGCAACCAGUUUCAUGCUGUAUGUUUGGACACGAGUCCUCCCAUCUUCUACAUGAAUGAUACGUCACACAGGAUAAUUAGCCUUGUGGAGAAGUGGAACCACUCAGAAGGAACCCCACAGGGGCUGUUUGGAUGGCAGCUCCAAGCUGCCCUUCCAAAAUUUUGGUCGUUGACCACAGGUUGGGCCAGCGUUUGGAUCGCAGCCAACUUUUUGGCCAGCCGUUGUGAUUCCGCACUAGCGUGCGGGCGAGUUCCAGGCGUCUGUUUCCUUCGUCAAAACCGUCGUUUCGGUCGGGCUGGUGUGGGCUGA